AUGCUCUUACGACUCCCUAAAAACCUCCACUACCCACUCACCAUCACAAAAGUCGAGAAACGGGUAGGAGAGUACCUUGCUCGCAACGACGAUCUUUUCCUCUACUCCUACACGGCCAAAGUCACAGAAGGCACUCGCUAUGGCGACGAAGAGCAAGAAGUGGAGAGGAAGUUUGUUACACAUUUCCCAAGCACCCUUGAAGGCACAAUCAAGGGAUGGAGAGUGUGGGAAGGAGAUGUGUUGACCCAUCCCGUGGACAUCUGUGAAAUCGAGGAGGAAUGUCCGCACGAGGUGCAGUUCCAGGGCAUGUGCACCAACUGCGGCAAAGACAUGACCACUCUUCAAGCAGGUAGCGACACAAGCGACAUCGACCGCGCGCCCAUCCGCAUGGCUCACGACACACAGCAUCUGACCAUUAGCAAGGAAGAAGCGAGUAAAAUAGAUGAAGAGGCAAAGCGCCGUUUGUUGUCCUCUCGGAAGCUCUCACUUGUGGUCGAUCUGGAUCAGACAAUCAUUCACGCCGCUGUCGAUCCGACCAUAGCGGAAUGGAUGAAGGACCCGGAAAACCCCAACUACGACGCUGUGAAGGACGUUCGCUCGUUUCAACUUGUCGACGACGGACCAGGAAUGCGUGGCUGUUGGUACUAUAUCAAGCUGCGGCCGGGGUUGGAAGAGUUCCUCCAACAUAUUGCUCAGCUGUAUGAGUUGCACAUCUACACCAUGGGCACGCGACAGUAUGCACAGCAAAUUGCCAAUAUAGUCGACCCCGACCGAAAGUAUUUUGGCGAUCGUAUCUUGAGUCGAGACGAAAGUGGAAGCAUGGUGGCCAAGAACCUCGAAAGAUUGUUUCCAGUGGACACAAAAAUGGUCGUCAUUAUCGACGACAGAGGAGACGUGUGGAAAUGGAGCGCCAACCUAGUUAGAGUCACCCCCUUUGACUUCUUCGUGGGUAUUGGCGAUAUCAAUUCCAGCUUCCUGCCUAAAAAACAAGAGAUCCAGAGCACGCCGAAGGCGGAUUAUGUAUUGCCGGCUGAAAACGGUGGUACAGACAACGACGAAACCAAACCCGCACAAUCCAAUGGAUUUGCUGAAGACGGUGUCCCUAAUAUCCAGGAGGGAACGUCUCCUCUCGAACAAUUCAUGGCCAUGAGUGGCGGUGAUGAUCCUGCAGUCCGUGAACAGCAGACUAAGGGACAGGAAGAGAUUAUUCAUUCGCAGCUCGAAGACAAGCCUCUCCUCAAGAUGCAGUUGGAACAAGAUGAGAAAGAUGAGGCCGAAGCUGCAGCCGCCAAUGGUGAAUCUGCUGUGCCCCAAUCUACCGAAUCAGACACUAGUGAAUCAUCGGAAUCAUCAGAAGGAGGCUCGGGGCCAUCGAAACAUAAAGCGCGUCACAGUAUUCUCAAGAACGACGACGAGGAGUUGAUCCACCUAGAAUCAAGUCUGACAAAAGUACACUCAGCCUUUUUCGCAGAAUAUGAUCGCAAGCGCUUAGGUGGGAAAGGUGGACGUGUAGCUGAACUCACCGGCAAGCGAAAGGCUCCCCUUCCAGCCGAUGAUGACCAAAGUAACGCAGUGGAUCUGAUGUUCGUGCCGGACAUCAAAAAAGUCAUGCCUGCUAUGAAGACGAGAGUGUUGUCCAACGUCACCGUUGUGUUCAGCGGCGUGCUCCCACUGGGGACCGACAUUCAGACUGCUGAUAUCAGCACAUGGGCAAAAACAUUUGGCGCCAAAAUCACCGACAGAAUCUCUCGUGAUGUCACCCAUGUCGUCGCUGCACGUCCCGGUACUGCGAAAGUCAAGCAAGCGGUCAAGCGCGGUAUCAAGGUGGUAAGCACGGCUUGGCUGAUUGGAUCGAUGCAACAGUGGCGCAAGCUUGAUGAAAGACCAUAUCUGCUAGAGGGUGCUGGAAGGCAGCGUCAUGAAACUUCCAGCGACCUGGGCGACCUUCUGGAGAGGUCUAACGUCGGUGCCAGCGACUUUCUUCUGAGUUCGUCUGAGGGCGAGUCUACCGGCUUAGAAACCGAGGACGACCAGCCACUCAGGAAAAGGCUCAAGUUAGACAUCAAGAAUGGCGAUUCGCCUGACGAUGAAGAAUUUGACGAUCUGGUCGACGACGGUAGUCCAAUUACCCUCAAUCAAGACGAAUGGGCGGACAUUGAUGCCGAAUUGAAGGAAUUCAUGGGCAGCGACGCCGAAAGUGAGAGCGAUACCGACUCGGUUAAUUCCGCCUUGAGUUUCCGAGAACGUCGCUCUGUAAAGAGAAGACGCGACGAAGGAGACGGAGACCUUGAUGUAGAGCAUCCGUCAACGGUCAAGAAAAAUGGAACAGGUAGUGCUUUGAAGACAGUUGCGAACGCUAGUAGCGAACGGGAUUCGAACAGUACCAACACCCCCAGCACCGAAUUCAGAGAAGCUCAGAUCAAGGAAGAACAGCGACAGGUCGAGGAAGCUCAGCAACGAGAGGAAGAAGACGAGGAAGACUCGGACGACGAGUUGGCUCGAGAGCUGGAAAGAGAGCUUGAGGAGGCUGACGCGGAGGAGGACGACAGGCCCAAAGAAAUUGAUUGA